AUGUCGACUAAAUCAAAAAAGACAGUAUCAUCGUCUUCAAACAUAAGUGUUGUGUCGUCAGUGCAAAGCCCUCAACAAUCAAGCACUCCUGUUGGUAGCCGCCCUUCUAGUUCAGCCGGCCGGCCACACAGCCCUCUAAGCCCUACAAGACAUAGUCGUUUACAAGAGAAGGAAAACUUACAAAACCUAAAUGACCGCCUUGCAGCUUACAUUGAUAAAGUACGCCAGCUUGAGAGUGAAAACUCAGGAUUGCGUCGCGAAAUACAAACAACCCAGGAGGUGGUCACACGCGAGGUUUCCAACAUUAAAGGAAUGUAUGAACAUGAACUUCAAGAUGCUCGAAAACUUUUAGAUGAUACUUCUCGAGAAAAGGCUAAGUUGGAGAUUGAUUUGAAGAGAUUGAUAGAGGAAAACGACGAUCUCAGUAAACGUUUGGAUAAAAAAACAAAAGACUGGCAGCAGGCAGACAAUUUAGCGCGUCAUUUCGAGAACCGUUUCACUGAAGAAAGCAACAAGUACAACACCGCCCUCGCUGAUAAGAAGAAAGCUCAAGAUGAGGCCAGAGAUCUGGCAAAGGAGUUGGACAAACUACGCAAAGUAUACGCGGAGACACGCAAGACCCUUGAAGAAGAGAUGCUUUGCCGAAUUGAUAUGGAGAAUACAGUACAGAGUCUGCGUGAAGAACUCUCUUUCAAAGAUCAGGUGUUCCAACAAGAGCUGCAAGAGACUCGAACUCGGAGACAGGUCGAGAUCACUGAAAUUGAUGGGCGUCUUGCUCAACAGUAUGAAGCGAAACUCCAACAGAGUCUCCAAGAGUUGCGCGAGCAACAAGAGGCCAACAUGAAAGCCAAUCGUGAUGAAAUUGAAGCUCUCUAUGAGAAUAAGAUGAAGAAUCUCCAAGCGGCGGCCAAUCGCAAUAGCAGCGCUGCGACUGUCGCUGUUGAGGAGCUCCGUACGAUGCGCACACGUAUCGACAGUCUCAACAACACUCUUAACGACUUGGAGAACAAGAAUGCCGCUCUUAGUAACCGUUGCCGUGAACUAGAGCGUCAACUGGAGUCUGAACGGGCUCGUCACGCUGAAGAUCUGGCUUCAUUAGAGCAAGAGCUGGCUCGACUUCGCGAUGAAAUGGCGGCCCAACUGCGGGAGUACGCCACUCUUAUGGACAUUAAGAUCUCGCUGGACCAUGAGAUUGCCACCUACCGCGCCCUUCUUGAGGGUGAAGAGGACAGGUUGAACCUGACAUCCCAGUCGCCAGGUCGCGAAUCUCGUGCCUCCAUGAGCGCAAGCGCAAGCGUUAGCGGGAGCGGACGCAUCACUCCGGGACGACGUGCCACGCCCCUUCGCGCCGCUCGUAAGCGCACUCUGCUCGAUGAGAGCGAGGAAAGGAGCCUUCAGGACUUCAGCGUUACCUCCAGUGCUAAGGGAGACCUGGAAGUCGCCGAAGCCUGCCCCGAAGGUAGCUUUGUCAAGAUUCGGAACAAGGGAAAGAAGGAACUAAGCCUCGGUGGCUACCAAAUUGUGCGUAAAGCCGGUGACCAAGAGACCCUAUUCAAGUUCCACCGUACCGUGAAGUUGGAGCCUGGUGCAAUCACCACCGUUUGGUCUGCAGACGUUGGCGCUGACCACGAGCCACCCAAGGACAUUGUUAUGAAGGGACAGAAGUGGUUCGUCGCUGAUACAUUCACCACCGUGUUGCUCAAUUCUGAACAAGAGGAGAUAGCCGUGUCCGAGAGACAGCGGCGGCAAAUAAGCACAAGCGCGCAAAGACACCGUGAGCUCGCACAUAAGUUUCCCCGACGUGAAGGAUUGGGUGAAAUUCGUGAGGGUGAAGAGAAUUGCCGUAUAAUGUAA